GGGAGAGAGAGAACAGGGAGAGACUUUACAUACCGUUCUCAGUUUUCCGCCAUUGAAGUAUGGCUUCGAAGCUUUGUGAUUCGUGUAAGUCCGCCACCGCCACUCUCUUCUGCCGAGCUGACUCUGCCUUCCUUUGCCUUGGUUGUGAUUCCGAAGUUCACGCAGCCAACAAACUCGCCUCUCGCCAUGCUCGCGUUUGGCUUUGUGAAGUCUGUGAGCAAGCUCCUGCUCAUGUUACCUGCAAGGCCGAUGCCGCUGCUCUCUGCCUCGCUUGUGACCACGAUAUUCAUUCUGCUAAUCCCCUCGCACGUCGUCACGAGCGAGUUCCGGUCACGCCGUUCUACGACACCUCCAUCUCCGAGAACUCCCUCGCCGUCAAGCCUGGCGCUGCAAUCAACUUCCUCGACGACCGCUACUUCUCCGAUGUCGAUGCCGAUGCCGCUGAUGUCAGUAGAGAAGAGGCCGAGGCUGCUUCCUGGCUUCUUCCGAACCCUAACCCUAAGGCAAUCGAAAGUCCAGAUUUAAACUCGGGGAAGUUUGUGUUUCCAGAAAUGAAUCCUUACCUAGAUCUGGAUUACGGCCAUGUGGAUCCGAAAUUGGAAGCGCAAGAGCAGAAUAGCUCCGGUGCCGAUGGAGUUGUUCCUGAUCAGACCAAAGGCGUCCAUCUCUCAUCAGUUAACGAUCGCUGCUUCAACAUAGACUUCCCCGGCGCCAAAUCGUUCCCGUACGGUUUCAAUCCUCAGUCAAUCAGUCACAGUGUAUCAUCUUCGUCAGUCGAGGUUGGAGUCGUGCCAGACGGUAACGCGAUGACGGAUGUAUCAAAUCCGUACACAAAACCGUCGACGGAAUCGUCUGUUCAACCGCUGCAAAUUUCGCCGGCGGAUCGGGAGGCGAGAGUGUUGAGGUACAGAGAGAAGAGGAAGAACAGAAAGUUCGAGAAGACGAUACGAUACGCAUCUCGUAAGGCGUACGCCGAGACGCGACCCCGAAUCAAAGGACGGUUCGCCAAAAGGACGGACAUCGAACUCGAGGUAGACCGAGUGAGUGGAUACGGCGUCGUUCCGUCCUUCUAAGUUUUUUAAUUUAUUAAUAAUUAUAAAAAAAGAAAAAAAAAGAGGUUUCUGUGUAAAUACGAAAGAAGAAGAAUAGUCGGGGGGUUGAAAAGGAGGUUUUGAUCCACGAAAUCUGACCGUUGGAUCAUGUAAACUCUUCUUUUUUUUUGGAGCACUGAAUCUUUUGCUUUUUUCUUUUUC